AGAUUGUGGGCCUAUUUUCUGGGCGCCUGCCACUUUGGCAGAUUACCUCGGCAGGAGCAUGUUCGCAGCUGGCGACGUCCGGGCGCCGAUGACGAGCCUCAUCGCGCUCACGCCGACGAGCAUUGACGUCCCGGUCCGGCGCGGGAAGCAGCCCAAGGCGGCGACGCGGUCGCACUCGGAGCCCUCGUCGGCGGAGAAGGCGUCCCCGAAGCUUGACACGCUCACGAUUCCGUAUGACGACUGGUUCAUCAUGCCACUCUAUGUCUGUCCAACGCACGCGACCAAAGAUGGCCUCUCUGAGAGCUACCGCCACAAGGGCUCGUGGACCAAGCCCGAGCCGAUCCGGAUUGAGCAAAAGCAAAUGCGCGCAGCGCCGUCGUCGUCGACGAUGUGGGCCGUGCCGUUCACGUACAUCAUCACCGUGAACAACGUGUCGCACCAGUUCAAGUGCGCGUGGAACGAGUACCGCGCGUACCAGAAGGCGCUCCUCGCCGACGAGAAGCUCGGUCCGCUCUACACCGACGCAGUGCACUCGAGAUACGUCGAAGAGUCCUUCAAAGGCUCCAUGCGGCGUGCGAUUGCAUCCCUCGAGCGCAUGUCGGAGGAGGUCAUGGGCUGCCUCCACGCCAUUUCGCAAAUUCCAGAAAUCGCGACCCAGCGCGCGUACCAAGACUUGGUCGGGUGCCAGACCAACACCCUUCUCCACGAAGAGCUCGUCACGGUCCUCGCCAAGGACCACGAGGCCGCCGCGUCGCCGAAGAAGACGAAGACGGCGUCGUUUGAUGACGAUGACGCGUCCGUCGCGACCGACACGUUUGACGAGCUCCAAGAGUGCUUGUGCGACGUGUACGUCGAGGCCAUUGCGCUCUUUGGCGCGCACGUGCACGGCCGGCCGCGCCAGAUCGCAACGAGCGACGACGAAGAGCACGACGCCAAGGUCGAGGAGGUCGUGUGCAUGGACAUGCUUCGCAUCCACUGCAUGCUGGCCUUGUACACGGACUGUCUCUUCACGCUCGACAAGGAGCAGCUCACGUCCAGCACCAACUAUGCACUGUGCACCGUCCUCGGGUUUGGCUGCCGACCGCUCUUCACGGUGAAGCGGUCCACUAAGACCAAGUGGAUCUUAUCCGAUGCGUCGCAGCGCGGCCUGAUGACCAUGACGCUCAAGCGGUACGGCGCCAACCAGCCCAUGAUCGUCGUCGCCCGCGUCGUUUCGUCUGGCGCCGAAGAAGUCGUCGGUAUGUUCCGCAAGUCGUGGCGAAGGGGCUACCAGUUCCUCCUCAUGUCCGAGCUCGUGACCCAAGGGAAGCUCACGACAUCCUUUGCGUUCUCCAACAUGGUCAUCCACGGCCAGCACCGGUACCUCGUCGGGUCGGUCGUGAGCGGCAGCGACCAACGCGACCUCCUCGUCACCGCGACGCUCUCUGUCUCGGACGCCGCCUUCCACACGCAGCGCCUGCACGUCACGGACAGCAGUGACGUGCUCCUCCAGAUCGCGCUUGCGUGCUCGUACGAUUUCCUCGCCAGCGCUCGACCCUUUUACCGCAUGGACUAUCAUUAUUAAGACGCAAGAAGCCGUGUAUUUGUGUA